UGUAGUUCUGUUGGGUCUCAGUCUGUUGUUCAGAUGUUCUUCUUCAACUCUUUGGAUCGUUUGAACAAACUUGAACUUCUCUCCUUCCUCAUGAAGAUUUUAUCAACCUGCCUCUGAUUUUACAGCAAACCUUCUGCUGCUCUGAAAGAAGAAACUACAAACCAGGUGUGGCAUUAGUCUGGUUCUACUGCGGUUCUGUUGGGUCUCAGUCAGAUGUUCUUCUUCAACUCUUUCAAUCGUUUGAACAAACUGUGAAGGUAGAAAGUGUGUGUGAGCUGAUGUGAAUUCAGCAGCAUGGAUCAGUUUGAGGACAGAGAGGAGGGAGUCCCUCCCUCUAAAACCACACUGUGUGGGGAAGAUGAGAGCCAGAGCAAAGGUCAGAGGAUCCAUCAGAGACUCAAACCAGAACCAGAAUCAGAACCAGAACCCAGCUGUGUGUCCUUUAAGAGCGACAGGUCAAUGGAUGCAUUCAUUGGCUUUAAAUCUUCUGGAUCUCCACCAUCAGAGAGAGUGGACCAGCAGAGCUCAGAGGUUCAUAGAGGUCUGUCUACACCACAGCAUCAAACACAGCUGGACUCCACAUUUAUGAUGCUGGAGGACAGCAUUGUUACUUUUGUGAAGAACGAGUUGAACAAGCUCAAGAAAGUUCUGAGUCAAGAUUACCCAGAAUGUUCAGAGAGUCAGAUAGAAGAUGAUGAUGAGGUGUUGGAAGAUGAGGGAGAAGAGCAGAUGAGGAUCAGCAGAGAGGCAGUGAUGAAGAUCACACUGAACUUCCUGAAGAGGAUGAAGCAGGAGGAGCUGGCUGACCGUCUGAAGAACAAACAUCUUGCUGCAGUUUUUCAACAUCAACUUAAAUCUGGUCUGAAGAAAAAGUUCCAGUCUGUGUUUGAGGGGAUUGCUAAAGCAGGAAGUCCAACCCUUCUGAACCAGAUCUACACAGAGCUCUACAUCACAGAGGGAGGGACUGGAGAGGUCAAUGAUGAACAUGAGGUCAGACAGAUUGAAACAGCAUCCAGGAAAACACACAGACCAGAAACAACAAUCAAAAGAGAAGACAUCUUUAAAGUCCCACCUGGAAGAGCUCAACCAAUCAGAACAAUGAUGACAAAGGGAGUGGCUGGCAUUGGGAAAACAGUCCUAACACAGAAGUUCACUCUGGACUGGGCUGAAGACAAAGCCCACCAGAACAUCCAGUUCAUAUUUCCACUCACAUUCAGAGAGCUGAAUGUGCUGAAGGAGAAAAAGUUCAGCUUGGUGGAACUUGUUCAUCACUUCUUUCCUGAAACCAAAGAAAUCUGCAGCUUUGAACACUUCCAGGUUCUGUUCAUCUUUGAUGGCCUGGAUGAGAGUCGACUUCCUCUGGACUUCCACAACAAGGAGAUCCUGACUGAUGCUACAGAGUCCACCUCAGUGGACGUUCUGCUGACAAACCUCAUCAGGGGGAAACUGCUUCCUUCUGCUCUGGUCUGGAUAACCACACGACCUGCAGCAGCCAAUCAGAUGCCUCCUCAGUGUGUUGGCAUGGUGACAGAGGUCAGAGGGUUCAAUGACCCACAGAAGGAGGAGUACUUCAGGAAGAGAUUCAGAGAUAAGCAGCAGGCCAGCAGGAUCAUCUCCCAUAUAAAGACAUCACAAAGCCUCCACAUCAUGUGCCACAUCCCAGUCUUCUGCUGGAUCACUGCUACAGUUCUGGAGGAUGAAUUGGAGACCAGAGAGAGAGAAAAGCUGCCCAGCACCCUGACUGAUAUGUACAUCCACUCCCUGGUUGUUCAGAACAAAGUGAAGAAGGUCAAGUAUGAUGGAGGAGCUGAAACAGAUCCACACUGGAGUCCAGAAAGCAGGAAGAUGAUUGGGUCUCUGGGAAAACUGGCUUUUGAUCAGCUGCAGAAAGGAAACCUGAUCUUCUAUGAAUCAGACCUGACAGAGUGUGGCAUCGAUAUCAGAGCAGCCUCAGUGUUCUCAGGAGUGUUCACACAGAUCUUUAAAGAGGAGAGAGGUCUGUACCAGGACAAGGUGUUCUGCUUUGUCCAUCUGAGUGUUCAGGAGUUUCUGGCUGCUCUUCAUGUUCAUCUGACCUUCCUCAACUCUGGAGUCAACCUGAUGGAAGAAACACAAACAUCUUCAUUACCUAAUAACCUUAGCAUAAAGUCUCUACAUCAGAGAGCUGUUGACCAGGCCUUACAGAGUCCUAAUGGACACCUGGACUUGUUCCUCCGUUUCCUUCUGGGACUUUCGCUGCAGUCCAAUCAGAGACUCCUACAAGGUCUGCUGACAGAGACAGGAAGUAGCACAGACACCAAUCAAAAAACAGUUAAAUACAUCAAGAAGAAGAUCAGUAAGAAUGUGUCUGCAGAGAAAAGCAUCAAUCUGUUCCACUGUCUGAAUGAACUGAAUGAUCGUUCUCUAGUGGAGGAAAUCCAACAGUCUCUGAGUUCAGGAAGUCUCUCCACAGAUAAACUGUCUCCUGCUCAGUGGUCAGCUCUGGGUUUCAUCUUAGUGUCAUCAGGAAAAGAUCUGGAUGUGUUUGUCCUGAAGAAAUACUCUGCUUCAGAGGAGGUUCUUCUGAGGCUUCUGCCAGUGGUUAAAGCCUCCAACAAAGCUCUACUGAGUGACUGUAACCUCUCAGAGAGAAGCUGUGAAGCUCUGUCCUCAGUUCUCAGCUCCCAGUCCUCCAGUCUCAGAGAACUGGACCUGAGUAUCAACAACCUGCAGGAUUCAGGAGUGGAGCUUCUCUCUGCUGGACUGAAGAGUCCAAACUGCAACCUGGAAACUCUCAGACUGAGUGGCUGUAACCUCUCAGAGAGAAGCUGUGAAGCUCUGUCCUCAGUUCUCAGCUCCCAGUCCUCCAGUCUCAGAGAACUGGACCUGAGUAACAACAACCUGCAGGAUUCAGGAGUGAAGCUUCUCUCUGCUGGACUGAAGAGUCCAAACUGCAACCUGGAAACUCUCAGCUUAUCAGGCUGUUUGGUCUCAGAGGAAGGCUGUGCUUCUCUGGCCUCAGCUCUGACCUCCAACCCCUCCCAUGUUCCGGAUACCUUGGUAAUCUCAUUAGUCAACCGGUCAUCUGCCGUGCCACCAGCCGGCCAGCCAAGGCCUCGGCUCAGCACCCUGAAGACUACCCUGAGCUUUGCCCCGAGCCGACCAUCCAAGCUCAUGGCGAUUCUCAGCUUGCAUGGCUUCUGCCAGUGUCCGAGCACCAAAGAACUUCAUGCCAAAUAA